AUGCAAGUGCGAUCUUCCACCUUCUGGGAGCUGUGCGCAAUGUCUCGCAGCUCGGACAAGCUGCACUUUCGAUCUUCCGACAGCCCGGAGGGGUCCAAAAGCAAAGAAGAAACCCAGUGCCGACGGCGCAGUCUCAAUUUCGGCACUUCAACGACACAGGAGCCUUGGAGCGCCACAAGCGCCGUUCCGAUUGACACCAGUUUGCUACCUCGCAAUGUCACGGCAAGUCCUUCACGUCCGAGUACAGACGGCUCAAAGCUGUCUGUUCUUCAACGAUGGGAGAACUUGGUGGAUGAGAUUACGGCACGCGGCCUGAACUUCGACGCAAUAUUGAAUCAAGGCAUAGACCUCUUCUUCGAGUAUCUCUAUCCUCUUACACCUCUGGUUCACGAGCCUAGUCUUCGGGAUAGCUUGGCGUACUUUGUGCCAUCGGACCGCGCGCCACGCCUGGAGAAAUGCGCCGACGCUACCUUUACCCUAAUAACUGCCGUCUGCGCAGAAGCCGCAUUUCUCCUCCCCAAGGACAUUUUCCCGAACGGCGAAACUGUGGCCGACGCCUUUCUCCAAGCCUCGCGGAACUGCCUUGCCGAAUACCUGGAGACGGACCUCGAGAACCCCAACGCAAGCUCCAUCACCAUUCGAUACUUUCACUCAAAUUGCGUCCACGCUUCGGGCAAGCCCAAAUUUUCGUGGCACAUUUUCGGGGAAGCCACGCGUCUGGCGCAAGUCAUGAGACUGCACGAAGAGUCGAGCUACGAAGGCCUGUAUCCAAUCGAGGCGGAGAUGCGGCGCCGCGUGUUUUGGAUCGUGUACAUGGGCGACAAGUCGGCCGCCAUUCUGAACAAUAGGCCGAUCACCAUGCACAAGUACUCGUUUGAGUGCGGAGUCACGGCCUCGUACCCUUCUGGCAUCGAGGAGGAGUCGCAGAUGCCAGUUUCUCCGACCAGCGUCCGCUCCAGUGAGCCGGCUUCCACCAAGCGUCAAAAACUCAUACUCGGCUUCAAUGCCAAUAUACGGCUUUGGGGCGCAGCGGCAGAUUUACUGCUCGCCCUUCGCGUCUUGGAAGACCAGUCCAAGGGUGGCUUGGUGAAUAGCCUGAGCCCACCUCAACGCGAAAUUGUUGACCCCUUGUACAUUUCCUUCAUCACAAGCCUAGACGAGCUGCCGUCGUUCCUGAAGUCGCAUCCUUUUGCGCCGACCGCGGAAUCCGAGGUCUUUCAGCCCAAUCAGUUUUUGAUACAAUGCGCAAACCUUCAAGUAUCGAUGCACUGCUUACGUAUGGUUGUUGUACAAAAGUUUGAGCAUCUGUCUUAUCUUACUGCUGGCAUAGAGCAGACAGAUUUGCAAAAGACAGAGAUUGUAAGGGAUGCGCUGCGCGUCAUACACGAAGUCCCAUUUUGGGCGCUUCAAGUGAACGGCGAGCCUUAUGUAGAAAAGCUUCGUUUGAUUGGUGCCAGUCUAAUGGCGAUAAUCCAUCGAAAUCCAAAUUCGCCAAUUGCGGCACGAGCUCGCGGCGACUUUGACGUUCUGUUGGACAUUUUGACGAGGCUAGAUUCAAAGGCGUCUGAUGCACUCCGCAGCAAUUCUUCUUGGAUACUGUAA